ACUACGCUUACGCGCUCGUGCUCUGUAUUCUUGUAUUGUGUUGUUUGCACAUCAUUUGUUUGUUACAAAAUGACUACAAUUAAGCGAAAGGCCUUGUCAAUUCAAGAAAAAAUUAAGAUAUUGAAUGUUUUUGAUAAAAAAUCACAAACUAAAAAUCAAACUCAGUUAGCUGCAGAGCUUCAGUUGCCAGUGUCGACGUUACGUACCAUUUUGAAGAAUAGAGAAGAAAUCAAGGAAAAAUACAGAUUGGGAGGUGUGCAGAGAAAAAAACAUAAGGUAGGAAAGUUUGAUAAAUUAGAAAAAGUUUUGGUGGAAUGGCUUCAUCAAGCUCGGGCUUUAAAACUGCCCAUAAGUGGGCCUAUAAUAUGCGAGAAAGCGCGUAAAAUUGCUGAAUGCUUACAAAUUGCUGAUUUUAACGCUUCAAAUGGAUGGAUAGAUCGUUUUAAAAAACGCCACGGCAUUGUGUACCGUCAAAUCAGUGGGGAAUCGGAGACAGUAGCCCAACAAGAUGUUGAUACAUGGAUGACAACACUUCCCGAAUUGUUACAAAAUUACGAGCCGCGAGACAUUUUUAACGCAGACGAGUUCGGUUUAUUUUUUAAAUUAAUGCCAGAUAAAUCCUAUGUUUUCAAGGGAGAGACUUGUCACAGUGGGAAAGCAAGUAAAGAGAGACUGACUGUCCUGGCCUGUGCCAAUUCUGAUGGGUCAGAAAAGUUACGUUUGCUGGUGAUUGGUAAGGCGAAAAAUCCACGUUGUUUUAAAAACGUAAGAUCACUCCCUGUAACAUAUGAUGCUCAAUCUCGAUCUUGGAUGACCGGCAUUCGUUUCAUCGAUUGGUUAAAAGCUCUAGAUGGUCACUUCCAGAUGAAAUGUAGACGCAUAAUUCUCUUCAUUGAUAACUGCCCCGCUCACCCUAAAGGCGUUGAACUAAAGAAUAUCAAGCUUGUUUACUUACCUCCAAAUUCGACACGCAAAUUACAACCGAUGGAUCAGGGUAUCAUUAAGGUCCUUAAACAAGGUUACAGGACAAGAUUAGUACAUCGCUAUCUUCGAGAAAUAGAAGACCCUGAUAGCAAGCGACCCUUGACUGUACAUGAUGCAAUUCUAAACAUUGCAGCAGCUUGGGAAGCAAUUAAGCCUGAAACCAUUCAAAAUUGUUUCAAGAAAGCAGGUUUCAGAAAUAACGAGGUUGACGUCGUGUUGGAAGAAGAAGAACCCGUAAUACUGCAGGGUUUUCCUGGAUAUUCUUCCAUUGAUGAUAAUGUGGCAUCGUACGAAAUUCAAUCAAUUGAAGUUCUUAUUGAGAAUGUGAAUUGUACACAAGACGAGGCUGAAAGUGAUAAUGAUCAAGAAGAUGAGUCAACUCCGAUUUUGUCACACGCCCAGGCAUUAUCAGCAGUUAAUGAUUUAAGACGCUAUGCCAGUUCUAAAUGCUCAUCACACAAGCACAAACAAAACGGUACAACAAAAUACAACCAGAAAAGAAAUGUCUUUGAACUCGGAAAUCAAGAUGAAAGUUGUACGUGCAACAGAUCAAAACUGGAAAAGUUACCUAUAUUCACUCUACUGGAAACUCGAUUACUGUCGUACAAACAUAAAGUUUUAGCUACGUUAUGGUACAAUUCUAAAUUGGUGGAGCAACUCGAAGCCUUUUACGUGGUACCACCGCCGACAAGCCAGGUGAAGCUAACGCUAAGCCAGUUGCUCUGCGCACGCGCAUCGCACGGCUCUACCGUCGCGCUCUGCUAG